UGCAGUCCAUUUUGUUCACACUACCCAAUACCAUCUCAAUUUCUUCUCUCAGAAAACUAAAGCAAUAUGGCAAGAAAGUUCGAAUGUGUCAAAGAUAUCAAUGAUGGAAAAGAUCUUUGGAAGAUUUCAGUGAAGGUCAAAGAAAAAUGGAGUAAUUCGAAGGAUGGAAAACAGUCGAUUGAGUUGCUGGUUUUUGAUGAUAAGGGAGAUGACAUUUCAGUUUUCAUUCCUCAUGAGGUUAUUCAGAAUAAUGAACAAGUAAAUGAUUUAAGUGUGAACAACACUUACACUAUGCAAAAUUUUCAAGUCUCAAAGAAUGAUGACCUUUACAAAGCCUCACAUCAUGUUUACAAGCUGAGGUUCAAUGGUGGAACUAUAGUUAAAGAUGUGAAUGUUCAUAAAAUUGGGGAUCCAGUCAUAAACAUUAAACCUUUCACUGAGAUUGCCAACCUUGACUUUCAUGAAGAUCUAUUAUAUGAUGUUAUUGGACUGGUGGAUCAAGUUGGUUAUUCACAACCUACUCAUGGAAAUAGGAAAGUUCAAGUUAACCUUACUCUUCGAGACCUUGGGAACACUCCAAUUGCUUGCACUUUAUGGCAAAACUAUGCACUUAAGUUCUUCAAUGUUCAGAAUGAAGCUAAGGGUGAUCCAAUUAUCGUUUUCAUGAAAUAUGCUAAAAUCAAAAAAGAAGGAAAAUGGCCAUUGACAAUUUCAAAUACAUGGAACACAACAAAGCUUUUCAUCAAUGAAGAAGUUCCAGAGAUUAUUGACUUCAAGAAAAGGUUACUUGCUGGGAUUGAAAAUGGUACUGUUGAUCGUUUUGCUGAAACUCCGACACAAAUGAUGAGCCAAUCGUAUGGAAGUUCCCAGUACACACCGCAACAAACAUUCAUGAACAAUGCAGAUCUGAUUACACUGACAAAAAUGGUGCAACUACCACAGGAAACCAAAUGUGUGACAAUUGUCAAGACAAUUAAGAUCAAGCCUACAAAGUAUGGAUGGUACUAUAUGACUUGCUUCAAAUGCCCUAAACAAUGCUUUGGUGCUGCUCCUCCUUUUAUAUGUGGAGAUGGUCAUGAAACUGAAGCAGAAAUUCUGAGGUACAAGCUGGAUGUUGAGGUUGGUGAUGGAGAUGUUAAGGCAACUUUUGUUUUCUGGGACCGCGAGUGUGAGCAAUUGAUUGGCAAGAGUGCGACUGUUCUACGUGCUCAAAUGUUGCAGGAUGGAAUAACGGAUCCUCUGGAUUAUCCUGAGGAAAUCGAUCUAAUUACUGGGAAAAAAAUUGCUGUCAAAGUUAAGUGGCAACCCAAGUGGAAAACUGGAUCAGUCAUUCAAAUCAACCAAGGAGAUGACUUUAUCAAUGAAAUUGCUGCGAUGUUCUCACCUGCUGAUGCUCCACAAGGACAGAUACAAGAUGAUAAAUCUACAUUAUUAUUUGAGGACAAUAGUACUGCUGAAUCUAUAGUCCAAAAGAAAGAUGAGGUUGAGCCUACUGAUACUGAUGCAGAUGUUGCCGAUGGUGAUGAAAUUGUUAUACCGACUACACCAUCAAAGAGGUCAGGGAACGACCUUAUGUGUACUUCCCAGAAUGCUGAACUUGAGGAUGUCAUUGGAGAAAAACAGUCAUCCACAAAGAUGUUGAAAGUUGGAGGAAAGACAUCAGGCAGAAAGGGACUCAAGGUUCCAAAAAAGGAGUGAAUCAAUGGAAUGUAUAAUGGAUAGCUUAAGUAAUUAGUUUAGGUAUUAUGCUGAACAAAACUUUAAAGUUGUAGCUACUUAAUUAAUUUGUUGAUGUUCUGUCUUAUACCAACACUACAUGUGUUGUGUAUGAUAUUAUGCUUUAGGUACCUAUGUUUUGUUGAUGUGUUGGCCGUGAACUUAAACACAUUAUGCCUACUUGGUUGUAAUAUAAUUAUAUCAGUUAUUGCUCCCUUUA